AUGAGCACAGAAUGUGAUGCCACAAUCGAUUUAAACUGUCUAACAACAUAUGGUUCUAUAAUACGUCAAAAACGUGAGGCUCCUGCAGAAGCUGCAGCUGUUGCUGCCCCAGCAGCCGCAGAAGCAGCUAAAGCGGCUCCAGCUGUAGAAGCUGCUAAAGCAGCUCCCGGCACUCCGCCUCCAGCACCAGGAGCAAAUCCUAUAUCGGGACCCAUGAAUUCAGCAGCGGCCCAAAUGACAGCUGCAGUUCAACCAUUUAUGGCUCAUAUGGAUAAAUUAGGAACUGAAGGAGCAGAAUUACAAGUCCCAAUGGCUCAUGUGGAUAAACUUGCAACUGAAUUUACAAGUUUGCUGGGAGAUGGAAUUGGAUUUGUCGUAGAUUUGUUUAAUCCAGCAGCAUAUUUCGGUUUCUAA